CUGCGACGACCCUUGCCUCCUUGUUGUCCUCGACACGCAGCAAACGCGCGACUUCCACGUUCAAGCCCAACGAGGCCCACGACAGUCGACACCUCUCCACCCUCGGACCACCGCGUCACAGCAACACCCAACGUCAGCCAUCAUGUUGGUGGCAUCGUUUUGGGUUGUGCCCAUUUUCAGUUCGAUAGUAUGGAUGGCCAUGUUGAUCACCAUGCUGGUGUACUGGAGCACAAAGGGGCAUCCAAUCUUCCCAACAAUGGCCAAUGGCCAAACAAUAGCCUACAUCUCUGAUAUCGGCGCGCAAAACCUCAAGCCUAUGUUCAUCGCCAUGUCCGCGGUCACCGUUGUUACCUUCAACCUAGCCUUCAUCUGUGAGCGUUAUUUGCGCCAUGCCGGCAAACUCGCGCCCAACACAUCGAUCUGGCAGAAGAUCUACUCUUUACUGAGCAUCAUCGCUGCAAUCGUAGGCGCAGUCGGCCUUAUCCUCCUCACCAUCUUCGACAACUACCACCACAGCCGGAUGCACAACAUCUGCUUGGCUAUCUUCAUCAUUGGAUACAUUGUCAGCGCAAUCUUCAUUUGCUGGGAAUACCAGCGCCUGGGAAUCCACUACCGCCAGCACUCAAUCCUCCGCAUCUCCUUCUGGGUCAAGCUCGCCUUCAUUAUCGCCGAAAUCUGCCUCUGCAUCGUUUUCGGCGUCACUCAAAAGUACAAGUACUGGAAUGUAGCCGCUGUGUUCGAGUGGAUCAUUGCGUUCGUCUACACCUGGUACGUGCUGAGCUUCUUCAUCGACUUCCUGCCCGCUGUGCGCGGCAAGCACCACCAGAGCUACCAGACCGAGAUGCAAAUGGCCGAGGAGGGUGGACCUCAGCCGAGAACCAUGGGCGACGGCGCUGCAGAAAGCCAACAGUACUUCCGUGGACAGUCGGCAAACGCCGUGCCUCAUGUCAAUGGCAACGGACGUGUCACCGACGGCUAUACCAACGGCUAUGCCAGUGGAGAGCCCGGGCAGAACUUCUACCCUAACGCCAACGGCUACAACAAACAAUACCCUAAGCCAGAGGCGCCUCUUCCUUCAAGGAACUUUUAGACACUUCUCCUAUAUUCGUUUGUAGUGUGCGAAUGCAUUCCUAUCUAUAUAUUUCCUUAAUAUCAUGUAAUUUGGCGGCUUGAUUUAUGACUGCAACGAUAUACCACAAUGGGGGCAAUGUUCUUAUUCUUUGCGAGCAUGUAUACAAGUAUACGAGGCGGUUGAGGAGCAACAUUGAGGAUUUUCCAGCAUCAGUAUAUUACCAUCUUAAUCCAUGGCCUAACUUCAACAUACUGU